GUUUUUUAGUAAUCAUAGAGAUAGCCCACGAGAGAAUCGAUUCCUUCAAACGAUUACUGAGACAAAUUCAUCUAAGGCGCACUGGGAAACAAGAAGUCAUGGUUUUUAGACACUACAAUAAUCGUUAUAAGGUGUUCUUUACCGUUUUACUCCUACACCUUGCAUUUGCAUCCUGCUUUCUGUAUUUCUUCUCAUACAAAUGCGAUGUUGAUGUCGGGAAUGCCAUAGAAGAAUCAUUAGCACUAUUACCACCCAUGAAUGAUACGUAUAUUAAACCUCCUCCGGGAGUUGAUCCAAACAUAAAAAUUUUUAUGGGAAUUUUGACCGUUGACGAAAAGACCGAGAUAAGGAAUUACUUGCGCGGAAUGUAUAGGCACAAUAACGCUGCUCUAGCACAAUACCUUGGAGUUCAGGAAUCCCCUAUAACGAUCAAGUUCGUUCUAGGGCUUCCAAAGGACGAAUAUGUAGAUGAGAUAAGGCAAGAAUCGGAAAAGUACGGAGAUAUUGUUGUGUUGAAUAUUACAGAAAAUAAGGAAGAUGGAAAGACUUUUAAGUUUUUCGAAUGGUUUGCAGAGAACGCAAACGACGAUAGUUUUAUCCACCUUAUUCAUUACUACCGCGAAAUUCAAGAUUUGCCGAGAAAACAUGUAUUUUAUGGCCUAGCACUAAAUUAUACUGAGACCAAUGAAGGAGAAGGCAUGGUCUUUAUGUGGGGUAUGGGAUACACCAUUUCCCGCGACCUCGUCACUGACAUCGCUAGAUCUGAUUGGGCUCGUUCACAUGUGACGGGCAGUGAAGAUUACUGGGUAGGCUGCUGGAUUUGCAAGAUGGCUAGAGAACAUAAAUAUUUAGUGCACUAUGUUGGUUUCCUCCAUGUCGGCUGGCCGGUUCGAAACUUUCACGGAAACCCUAUUCACGAUAUCCUUUUUGAUGCUAAUAAUAUAGACGAUCAUCGCUUCCCUGACGAAUCUAUAUUAAUUCAUCGGAUAAAAAAUGUCGAUGAUUUUAAAUUAAUCGAAAAAAUAUUUUUUUACAAUGACGGUUCUCCAAAGGUCAGGGUCAUCCGGAAUUCGACAACUCCAGGUUUAAUCGCAAAAAAAGAGAUUUUUCAAGGAUGUUGGGUCAUGGAUGAAAGGAAUCAGACUUGGGAAGAAGUGCUCGAUUGGACUCAAGCGCAGGAUAUCUAUAAGAAUUGGUUUUAUGAAGCUUGGGGUUUCAAGGAGGGAGAGUGGCAGGGCCGUUAUGUGCCCAAGGGUAUUAUUUAG